CAAGAAAAGUAGAUUUCAACAUAUUGUACUGCUGAAUCAUACAGUGACAAAUCGCGUGCUAUGUUUCCCACAUUUGCUCAAUGGCGGCAACAACAGGCGGAAGUGUGGACGUCCAGCUAGAAAGUCCCCCCGAGCCGCUGUCAGAUGCACAGAGGGCGAAGAUUGAGCGCAACAGACAACGUGCUUUACUCUUGAGACAAGCGAGACUCUCCAGCAGACCGUAUACCGACCCUUCAGACAGGCCCAGGGGGCAGGGUAAGUCGAAGCUGCCGGGGAGAGUGAUUGACUCCGGGGCGGGGUUCCUGAUUGAGGAGGAUGAGGAGGGGGAGGACCCUACAGCUGACAUCAAGGUGGUGCACAGACCUGGUCCCAUCCUGGAGCCUGACCGUGUGGCCUGUGAGCUGUGCAGCAGUGAAAUCAGCGACUCCUUCCUCUAUAACAGCUUUGAUGUGCCAGUGUGUGAUGGGUGCAAAGACAUGGAGGAGAAGCACAAGUUGAUCACCAAGACUGAAGCCAAGCAGCAGUUCCUGCUGAAGGACUGUGACUUUGACCAGAGAGACCCUCCCCUGAGGUGUAUCAUCAGGAAGAACCCACACAACCAGAGAUGGGGCGACAUGAAACUCUUCCUGUUAUAUCAGGUGAGGAAAAGAGCUCAUGAGAUCUGGGGUGAUGAUGAAGGUCUGGAGCAGGAGAAGGAAAGGAGGGAGGAAAACAAGAGACUAAAGAAACAGAAGAAGUUUGACAAGGACAUCAAAGAGUUAAGAAAGGCAGUAAGGAGCAGUACUUGGACCAAGGACACGUCCUCUCACCAGCACGAGUUUGGACCAGAGUCGUAUGAUGAAGAGUCAGACAUGUACAGCAAGAAAUGUGCCACCUGUGGAUUUGUACAGUCUUAUGAGAAGAUGUAGAUAGCAAGGAAAGGGAUAUUGAAUCGUCAAGUAAUUAAUUCACAACCGCUUGUUUAAUAAGACUAAACAUUUUGAUGACCAUCUGUCAUCUUCAUCAGGGCCAAGUACUUAACUAGGCAAAAUAUCUAUUAUCAAAUUCAAAUAUGAUACUCAGGUACAGACAAUACUUAUUGAUGAUGUAGAUUUGACUAACCCUGCACAAAUUUUAAAAGAAAAUAUUUACUUGAAUG